AUGUAUCGAAUAGCAUUCAAUCACGGUCUUUGGAGUCCAGUGCGUGAUCAUCUUCUGCACAUUUUCCGGUGUAUUUCUGGGACAGAACAGAACACUGCUAUUCGAUAUGCUUAUCAACGAGAUAUAAAGGCCUACAUGGUAAAUCUUAAUUUACACUCGAACAUUCUUAAGAUUGCACGUCUUCUCAUACUCUAUGUCUUGAAACGACAUUUUUUACUUGAUCCGGUCGAUGUGCACGUAGAACGAACCCCAGAAGGUCGCCCACACCUGCCGUCUCAUCCGGAUUUUGACUUCAACGUUUCACACAAUGGCGACUACACAGUCUUGGCUGCCUGCACAAAUGGGAGAGUCGAUUCUCAAUUGUCUAGCGUCUCAGCAUUUGGUAUCUCGGCAAAUAGGUUCCUUUUGAAGAUGAAGAACAUUUUUGCUGUCUCGGAGUGGAAUUUUCUGAUGUCUGAUGUAUCCGAUACGGCCAAAAUGCAACGAUUUUUCCGACUCUGGGUGCGUGCAAUUCCCAACCAUCUUACUUAUGAAUGUCUGAAAGAGGCGUACGUGAAGGCGCUCGGUGUCGGUCUCAGUAUGGACCUUCAAACAGUUGAAUUUCAACUAUCCAACGCAAUACCAAAUUGCGUUUGUGCUGAACCCCUUCAUUGGACUUUCGAGGAACAUACUUUGGGCUCGAAUCACGUCACCGCAAUUGCCUGGAAUAUCCCCUGUUCUCCGGUUCGUUCUUCAGACUGUAACGUUCCACACUCUUAA